AGUUGUUUUGUACUUUGAAGAGUUUUAAGAAUUCCUGCUGACACUUAUUCCUGAGGGGAGCCAUGCCCGACCACAGAGUCCUUUGCUUGGUCCUGCUCGCGCUGUGUGGCAGCCUGGUUCCUACUAUGCUGGCAGCAGAGUACCCCCAGGGCACAGUCCCCGCCCUCUGGAACGAUCCUCCCGAGCUGCCCUCUGGUGCCGGUCCCUUCGAUGCUGCUGCCACCACGACUCGACUGUCAGAUGCCACCGCCUUCCCCCCGCACACUCCCGAGCUGGAACCUGAGGACACGACCCACCAGCACCGGCUGGAUGCUGGGGAUGGCUCACUGGGGCCCGGGGCUAUCGGUGCCAUUGUUAUCGCCUCCCUUCUGGGCACAUCUGUGCUUGUGGCCUUGGUCAUCAUCACGCUGAGGAAGUUCUCAGCCUCCUGA